AUGAAGACUUUGGCCAUCCUGGUUCUCUGCUCUCUGGCAGUCAUCUGUCUGACUUCAGAUGCCUCAACUGGCACCCAGCUUGCAAGUGACAACCCUGCUCAGGAGGGUUUGUUUGUGGAGAGGGAGCAGGCCUCUACAGUGGUGAGACAGAAGAGAGCUGCUACAGAGUUAUCCCUGACCCAGCUGGAGAGCCUGAGAGAAGUAUGUGAGGCCAACCUGGCUUGUGAGAACAUGAUGGACACCUCUGGAAUCAUCGCUGCCUACACCGCCUACUAUGGACCAAUCCCCUACUAGAAGCCAAACCACAUCCACUAAUUGCUCAUCACCACUUUCUUUUCUUUAAUUCCCUUUUUAUCACAUUGAACCUUGAACAUUUUUCUAAGCACAUGCGCAAAAAACUUGCCAGUAUGUAGAAGUUGUUACACCAAUGAAAAAGCAGGAGAUGUAGGGAUACAGAUGUGAGCAGAUGGGUAAGAGUAGAGCAAGAGGAUUGGCAUGUGAAUAUUUUUCCAUCCUGCAUAGACCCACACAAUUGUCGCUAUAGUUCUAUCAUUUCUGUCAGCCUGUAGAAUA